AUGGAUCGAUUCUCAUCACCAUUCUCUCCCAUUCAAACAACUCGACCUUCAACGAGUGACACUUCAAGCCCACCAAGCUCCCGAACAACCUCCCCACCAUCAUCACCAACCUUCACAUUCCGUCGCCGGGAGCGAGCAAACAGGAACCAAUCAUCCCCACACCACCUCUUCAAUCUCUCAUUCCAACAACACCAAACCUCGCACCCACAAGAAGAUCACCACUCUACAUCUAGCCAUGGCCAUCCGCACGCAGUAAGCGUCCUCCCCUGCGCGGUCCUACGUGGCCGAUCAUCACUUAUGGUUGUGCGACGACGACCAUCUGCUGUCGAUAUGGCACUUAGCGAAGAGCGAUCAAGGUGUGAUGAGGAUGUGAUUGAACGUCAGGGAUUGGAUCUUAUGGAGCCUAGACCUGUUGAGAUGAAGAUUGAUAUGAAUGCGUCUUUGGCGUUGCAUGCGCAUUCGCAUGGACAAAUGGGUUCUGGAUUGAGUGGGAAUGAACGACGUGGAAGUGGGAGUGGGAGUGGAAGUGGAAAUAUCGUGUUCCAGCAGCCGCAGCCGCGGUUUGUUAUGGGGGGGAUUUUUGAGGUUAUGGAGGGUCGGGCUUGA